GCAAAAACCUAGGUAAAAGCAAUGGCAAAAAUGUGUGUCUUAAGACUUCUUUUAAAAAUGUCCACAGAUUCAGAAACCCGUAGAUCCUCUGGCAGGCUGUUCCAAAGGCUAGGACCAUAAUAGCUAAAAGCUGCUAUACUGUAUAUGAGAAAUACUGUCAAUUGUGUUUGAUCGGUUCAAAAUUUUGUCUGUUGCCUGGUACACUAAAUUAAAUCUAUUUUUGGAGUUUGGUGGAUUUAGUGUGCUCCUAAACAUCCAUUUCCCCAUCCAUUUUUUAGGCUCGUAUGUUCCCCGGUGAUCUGUUAAAUGUCGCUGAAAAAAACUGGAGUUCACUGAGUACUUCACCGUGUAUGACUCUGCCACAAUGCUCUACCUGAAAACUUACCUGCGACCUUUAGGUUAGAAGGCAGGUUCUUAAAUCACACCAGUAAUCACACCACAAUAUACCACCAAUUAUAUUUAAUUUUGUCGUAAUUUUGUUUGUUAUUGAAUCAUUUUUUUUGCAACAGUUCGACGUCAGCUUGUAUGCAACUCAUUUCUUGAUAUGCUAAAUGGGUUUCCUGUCGACUGCUGAACAUGUUUUAGCAUGUUUGUCCACUGAACUGUUCUUACUGUAUACAGUGUGUGCAUUAGGUUUAUCCAAAGACGGAGGACACGCUUAGUCUGCGUGAACAAAAGCUGGAAUCUACACGAGUGGAAAUCUACAUUUAGACGUUUUAAACGAACAAGGUUAACACCAAUAUAGCUCAGGUUUUAUCCGGAUACUGGUUACGUUCUAGUCGGCUAGAAAUCUUUUCAACCGGUGGCUCCGGUUUACGCCUGAAAUGAACGCUUAGCGGCGUUUAGACUUUUAUGUCAUCGGAGCACAUUUUGGUCGUUGAGGUCACUGGACGUGUUCUGCGUGAAAAGGAGAAGGGGCUUCGUUUCGUGAAGAAUGACAGAGAUGUUUGCAGUGCAUGGUGGUAUCAGUGGCGUUUCAUUAUGCAUUGCCUUGCUGUUGGUAAUUCCAUCAGUUUCACCUCCAGUGUCCCCACCUUCCGUUGUUAAAGGGGUGUUUGGGGCCUCUGUCACUUUACCCUGUGAUGGGUCGGCAUACAGAGGGACGCCUGAGGCCCAGCUGGACGUCCUGUGGCAGACGUCGGAAGGGAAGGAAGUGGCUCGCUACUCUCGUGGGGAUCAUAGCGUGGGCAUUCACUUUGAGGGGAGAGUCACGUUCCCCACAGAGAGGAUUCGGCAGGGUGAUUUCUCUAUCAACAUCAGCUCCGUUACGUUCCGCGAUGACUACUCUUACGAGUGCGUGUGGAAGGGUCCCGAUGAAAAGGGUCUUAACGAUGUGAUUCUCUACGUUUUGAAGCCCCCCAUUCCAAAUCAUCUCUCUGUUCCUGUUGGCGAUUCGGUCACAUUGCCCUGCUACGGUCAGAUUAACAAACAGGCGCCAGAGGAAUCCUUUUUCCAGUGGAAAAGAGAUGAACUGGUCCUGAAGCAUGGCUCGGACGAGGUCACCUAUGGCCCAAAGUACGAGGGAAGGGCAUCCGUGUCUUCCGAAAGAAUCCAAAAAGGCGACUUCUCUUUGUCCUUGAGUGUCACGGGUGUGUGCGACUCAGGAGUCUACCAGUGCUCCACUGACCCUAAUCAAAAUGUAACUUCCGUCGUUCUCGAACUGAAAGAUUAUCUGCACUACAAACAAGUCAAUCUCACCCUUGGGAUGCAUUUCAACCUCAGUUUACCCAGAGAACCAGUGAAGGUGAUCUUCUCUAAGGAGGGUGCACUCCCCAAAGAGCCACUGUGUUCUGUGGAUGAUUUUAAAUGUUAUCCAAAGUACAAGAGCAGGAUGGAGAGGAAGAGUAGUACUCUUACAAUGCUGAACAUGACAUCAGAUGAUGUGGGAACUUACAUAGUGAUUCACGCCAGUAACUGUGUCAUCAUCCAUGCAUACAGAGUCUACGUAACAAGUUCAAAUAAUAAUAACAAUAAUAAUCUAAUGUAUUUAUGCCUCCCGUUACUGACGGUGAUUACAAUUGCAGUUAUAUGUGUAGUAUAUUGUGGACUAGCGAAAAACAAAAAAAAACAAAAGAAUUCAAAAUGUGAAGAAAAAAAUCUGUCAUUGGAAAACCACUUUCUUGAGUCCCCAGCAGAGGAGCGUAGACCCCUCGCAACACGAAGUGGAUACCUUAGAAUCAGCCAAUAAAUUGUUAACUGACCGCAGAACGGAGGAAGAUCCCCAUCCAACAUGUAUACCACUGUCAGAAAACAAUACAGAAGAUGAUUCAGUGGUUGUGUAAUGAUUAACUCAGCAAUCCAAGAUUCUAAGAUAUGGCUGUGUCAAUUCAAGAACCCCAGUACGAUUCAAAUUUUGAGAUAAACGGAGCUGGAAAUCUAAAAAAAAAAAAAAAACAUUACGAAUGGUGACAUGGAGUGGAAACGGAGUGAAAAACAGUUAACUUUAGCAAAGGAGUCGCCAGUGGUCGCAACUACUUCAACUACUCACCCACAAUUCUAUAAUUCUACAAUACCCAGAAGGUCCUGUGUUUGGAUCCCGGUCUGGGCCUUUCUGUGUGGAGUUUGCAUGUUCUCCCCCGUGUCUGCGUGGGUUUCCUCCGGAUACUCUGGUUUCCUCCGAAGACAUGCUGGCUAGGUUAACUGGACACCCUAAAAUGCUCGUACCUGUGUGUGUGUGUGAGUGAAUGGUGUAUGUGCCCUGCAAUGGAUUAGCGACCUGUCCAGGGUGUAUUCCUGCCUCUCACCCAGUGAAUGUUGGGAUGGGCUCCAGCACCCCACACCACCACCACCACCACCACCACCACCUUUGACCGUGAACAUGAAUAAGUGGCUUAGAAAAUGGAUGGAUGGAUGGAUGGAUUGACAAUAAUCAAAGCGCUAGGCUAUUUUAUUUGCAUGGACAUGGGCUUGUUCAGCAUUGUUGAAAACGGCGAUUUCAGACAGAAGAUGGCUACGCUGGAACACGGUAACCAGCAUACAGCACAUCAGUGACAAAGACAAAUGUCUUUUAUGGCAAUUACUGUAUAUUGUUUCUACUGAUUGGUCAAUGAAAAGUCAUGUUUUACAGAUGAGAGUAUUUAACGAGACACAGAAAGAACAUUGGUGCUUUGUUGCAAGAGGCAUGUGUUGAGUGGAAGCUUGAGAGGAAAGGUUCAGCUCUUGUAACAGACAUUUCAGGUCUUACUUUACUGCUGUGCUGGCUAAGCGUCCUGGAUUUGAGCUGCAGCUGUAAUCGUUGUGGUGCCCCUGAUGUGUGUGUGUGUGUGUGUGUGUGUGUGUGUGUGUAUAUAUUUGUGUGUGUGUAUUUUUGUACUGUAUAUGAGCAAAACCCAGGGAGCAAAAGCCAAAUUGUAGACAUCAAGAGGGGUGGAAACCUACAUUGAGAAGUUUUGACCUAAAUUAGCUACAGGUUAACCCCAAUAUGCCAAAGAUUUUAUCUUGAUAUAGCCUAACCAAGUAGACAUGAUAACUGUCAUUUUUGGACCAAAUGUAGCCGGAUUUUCAGCUGAACUAGACGCCAAAUUUUUCAACAAAUUUUCACCACAAAAAUGUUCACUGUGAAGUUCUUCUGGUGCACUUUGUGUGAACUGCUGUGGUGAACUAAGACCAAAACCAAGCUCUUCGGCCUCAGAUGAAGAACAUUGAAGACAUUGUGCCUACAGUGAAAUGUGAUGGAGAUUUUAUGAUAUUGGUUUGUUUUGUUUCUGCUGGAUCUUUGGCUCUUGUUUAUAGGAAAUAAAAUCACUUAU